AUGCAGAAAAAAAUCAUGGUUUGGGUAGCGAUCACCCACGAAGCGAAGCCCACGCUGAUUUUCAUCGACGAUGUUAAAAUCAACGAUAUUCAUAGAGCGAGUGCGACCCAGCAGAGGUGCCAAGACACCUUCCCAGGAUUUAUGAAUGCUCAGGAAUGGCCAUCUAAUAGCCGUGACCUGAAUCCAGUGGAUUAUUCCGUAUGGUCCAUAUCGGAGAGCAAGGUCUGCUCUAUAUAA